AUGGCUAAGAUGAAGUUUGAGGCCAGCAAUAUCGGCGUCCGUAACAAGAAAUCUGGACUUGAGGAGAACCGAAGCUCGACUGCCCAAUCUAAUAGGAAAAACCAUGAAUAUCUUCAACAUCGUAAUAGAUACAUGUUCCAUAUUAUAAUUGAAUCACACGGCCAGUCAAGCAAUGCGUUCCAGGAGAAUCUCAGAAAGCCAGAAUCCAAGAGAAGCACGGUUAAGAGAGUUGCUUAUGCUGUUGCAAGUGACAUUGAGAGUGGAAAGGCAAAGGAUAGCCCGGUAGUUCUGAAAGGUGGGAGUGUUUGGCGCCUGGACUGA